CUGCUUGAGUGGUGUAAGGAGGUCACUCAAGGUUAUCGAGGGGUCAAGGUGACCAACAUGACAACGUCCUGGAGAAAUGGCAUGGCAUUCUGUGCACUCAUUCACAAGUUCAGACCUGAUCUUAUAAAUUUCGAUUCGCUCUCUCCAUUGGACAUAAAAUCCAACUGCAAACUCGCCUUCGAUACAGCAGCCGAUCUCGGAAUUCCGAAAGUCCUCGAGCCAUCUGACAUGGUGUUACUUGCUGUUCCUGACAAGUUAAGUGUCAUGACUUAUUUGUAUCAGCUGAGGUCAUACUUCACCAAU